AUGGUGCAGAGGAUUAACACCAAGAGGGAACUGAAAGAAUUGUUCCUCGCUGCUGAAAACAGGCUUGUGGUGAUAGAGUUUUCAGCAGAGUGGUGUGACCCCUGCAAAACAAUUGCUCCUGUUUUCCAGGCAAUGUCUUUAGAAUACCAAAACGUCAUGUUUGCUCAAGUGGAUGUGGAUUCAUCUAAGGAAUUGACUGAAUAUUAUCAAAUCAAAGCAGUACCCACAUUCCAGAUGUUCAAGUACACCCAAAAGGUCACUCCAUUCUCAAGACUCAAAAGAACACUGUGGUGCUGUUUCAGACGUGGAGUGAAAAGCAAGAAGAUUUUUGAAUUUCAAGGAGCUGAUGUUGAAACACUGGAGGAGAAGAUUCAAGAGCUAAUGUAA